UAACUUUCUGUCUCUUGUUACCAUUGAACUGAAAGUAAUUGAUCCGUCAGAAUACUUUUUACGAAGAAAAAUAUAAAAGCAAAAUGGAGCAAGCUUUAGAGCAACAUCUACUCCAGGCCACCCAGGCCAUGGAGCAACAGGUGGACGCUGAAAUUGAAAAAAUGUCUAAAAUGGAUGAAGAUGAUUUUGAUGCUUUGCGUCAGAAGAGAAUGGAUAUGAUGAAAAAAUCAGCACAACAAAAACAAGAAUGGUUAGCCCAGGGUCAUGGUGAAUAUACAGAAAUUGCCAAUGAAAAAGAGUUCUUUGAUGAGUGUAAAAAGAGUAAAAAAGUGGUGUGCCAUUUUUUCAGAGACAGUACAUUUCGCUGUAAAAUAGUAGAUAAACAUUUAUAUCUGUUAGCUCCGAAACAUUUGGAAACACGAUUUUUGAAAAUUAAUGUAGAAAAGGCGCCGUUUUUAGUAGAGCGUUUAAGAAUUAAAGUUUUACCUACUAUUUGUGUGGCUAAGAAUGGUAAAACUACUGAUUAUAUAGUUGGUUUUAAUGAUCUUGGCAAUAAGGAUGAUUUUUCAACAGAAAUGUUAGAAUGGCGUUUAGGUACAGCUGAUGCUAUUAAUUACAGUGGUGACUUGUUACAUCCACCAUUAGAUGACGAGGCUGCAGCCAGUAGAAAUAAAAGUGUGCUAGGUUAUGGUCGACCUAUCCAGAAAAAAACAAUAAGAGAUGAUGGAAACAGUAGUAGUGAUGAUGAUUAUUAAAUUAUGGUUACAUAAGUUUGUCACAUAUUUUCAAAACUAUUGUUAAAAACAUUUGAGUUAAAUUUCGUCAAAUCUUGAAUCAGAAAAAUUAUUCUUGUUAGUUCACAGCAUAAAUUUUUUAAGUUAAAUUUCUUUUGAUCUGUUAUCAUGUUCUGUAUUUUGUAACUUUCAUAUUCUGAGUAAUCUUGAUUCAUACCCCACAUAAAAAUUGUUAAAUGAAAUUUCAAGCCAUAUUGGCUGCUUUCAUGUCAUUCUUUUCACAGAAACUGCAUUUUGUUCCUUGUAACAACUUAAGCAGUGGUGUUGAAUAUAAUAUAAAUAUAAUGUACACAUAUUCAUAUUCUCACUAUGUAUCAUCGCAAUGGUGGAAUUAUUAUUUAUUAAAAUUUAUAAUAUCUG